UAUCAGCUUAUCUUUUCCAGAUGUUAAUAUUUGCGUCAUUCUGUCUGCAUUAACUGCAGUCUAUUAUUGAUCAGCAUUGGCUCAAGCCAGCAGCAGGUGUACAGGACACGAGUAAGGAUGGCCUCCUCUCAAAGGUAGUGUUUCUGCUUAUCCACUUGCUCUGUGACCCUUUCCUGAGAAGGUUUCUGGGAUAUAUAUAUGGAAGUAAGAGAAGGAACUCUAACCUGAUCAUGGAUUUCGAAGAGAGACUCCUCAAAGCACGAAGGAAAAGAUAACAACCAGUGCAUUGUCCUUAGAAAUGAUGUCCUUUUGCCACAAUAAAAUUAAUAUGUCCUGUGUGAAAAGCAGCUGGUCAAAUGACAUCCGGGCUUCCCUGUACAGUUUAAUGGUGCUCAUAAUUCUGACCACAAUGGUUGGCAAUCUGCUAGUUAUUAUUUCGAUAUCACACUUCAAGCAACUGCAUACCCUAAAUAAUUGGCUCAUUCAGUCCAUGGCUACUGUGGACUUUCUUCUGGGGUGCCUGGUCAUGCCUUAUAGCAUGGUGAGAUCCAUUGAGCACUGCUGGUCUUUUGGAGAAGUCUUCUGUAAAAUUCACACCAGCACUGACAUUAUGCUGAGUUCAGCAUCCAUUUUUCACUUAUCCUUCAUUUCCAUUGACCGCUACUAUGCUGUGUGUGACCCACUGAGAUACAAAACCAAGAUCAACAUCUUGGUUAUUUCUCUGAUGAUCUUCAUUAGUUGGAGUAUUCCUGCUCUUUUUGCAUUUGGGAUGAUAUUUCUGGAGCUAAACGUCAAAGGAGCUGAAGAGAUGUAUUAUAAACACAGUCACUGCAUAGGGAGUUGCUCUGUCUUCUUCAGCAAAACAUCUGGGGUUCUGGCCUUUAUGACUUCUUUCUAUAUACCUGGCUCUAUUAUGCUCUGCAUCUAUUGUAGAAUAUUUUUCAUAGCAAAAGGCCAGGCAAGAUCAAUUCAUGAUGCAAAGCAGAAGGUUCAAAUUGGGUUGGAAGAGAGAAAAGGAAUUUCACGAAGCAGAGAAAGGAAAGCUGCAAAGACUUUAGGGAUUGUGAUGGGAGUUUUCUUAACAUGCUGGUGUCCUUUCUUUGUCUGCAUGGUCAUGGACCCUUUCCUGGACUAUACUAUCCCACCCACUUUGAACGAUGCAUUGAUUUGGUUUGGCUACUUGAAUUCUACUUUUAAUCCAAUGGUUUAUGCAUUUUUCUACCCCUGGUUCAGAAGAGCACUAAAGAUAAUUCUGGUUGGUAAAAUUUUCCAAAAAGAUUCAUCUAGGAGUAAAUUAUUUUCAGAAUAAAUCCAUAGAAUUAUUAUGCUUUCAGUCAGUCAGUUCAGUCACUCAGUUAUGCCCGACUCUUUGUGACUCCAUGGACUGCAGCACUCCAGGCUUCCCUGUCCAUCACCAACUCCUGGAGCUUACUCAAACUCAUGUCCAUCAAGGCUGUGAUGCCAUCCAACUAUCUCAUCCUCUA